CAUGACCGCUAGAGGGCCCUCAAUAAGAGGGUGGCAGAUUGGGCCAGGCUAGAGCCUAGACCUGGGGUUAAGAAGGGGUUAUGGAGGCGCCAAAAACCCUGGGCCCCUGUGGCCACUCCCACCCCCAGUGCCCCCAACCGUCAGCUUCGAGCAGCCAUGGAGGAUGCCUGGAUUCACCCUGCCAGGGGUUUGUAAGGUGGCCCUGCCUGGUACCUCUCAGCUCCACUCACUCGAUAGAGUCAACCAGGCCUUUCCCACCUCCGGAGGUAGGGAGCGGGGGGCCCAGGGUAGGGGCUGAGGUACCUGGGAACUUUAUCGCAAACGAAGAGGGAGAGAUGCAGCGACAGAGACCGAGAGACCCAACGGGGACGAGACAAGGGCAAGUGGAGGCAAGGCUGGGGUGGGGCUGGCCCCUGCACUCAGGACGAGAGCAAGGGGCACCCAGGGCAGGGGGGGCGCCCAGCUCAGGGCCCAGACCCUGCCCUUGCCCACCCUUGCCAACGGGGGCAGGGACCCCAGGCUCACCCAGGGCAGCUCCCUCCCAGCUCCAGGGCGUGCCCCUGGGUUCUGCAGAGCAGUCCUUCCUCCAGCUGGAGCAGGAAAACCAGACUCUGAAAAGACAGAACCAGGAUCUGCGGGAGCAGCUGGGGGCCCUCCUGGGGCCAGGACAGCAGUUCCUGCCCCUGUGCCCGGAGCAUUCGAGCUGCACGGCCCUGGCCUGGACUCCCGAGCGAACCAGUACCCGGACCCUGGAGGACAGGGCGCCCUUGCAGCUGCUGCGGCGGGAGCUGUGCCGGGGGGAAGAGUCCUUCGUCCAGCAGUCUCAGAAUGAACUGCAGCAGAUCCGACUGUCCUUUGAGAGGAAGAAGAUGGCCAUUACCGAGGUGUGGGAUGGCGUGGCCGAGGUACACAUGGCCCUGAACAACCAGGCCACUGGCCUCCUGAACCUCAAGAAGGACAUCCGGGGAGUACUAGCCCAGAUGGAGGACAUUCAGCUGGAGAUUCUAGGGGAGCGUGCCCAGUGCCGCACCCAGGCCAGGAAGGAGCAGCAGAUGGCAUGCAUAGCAAAGGCAAGGCCGCAGCUGGGAUGUUCUGAGGGCCUCAAAAGCCAGCUCUGGCUGCUGGCCCUGAGGCUGCUGCUGGGCGCCCUGCUGGCCUGCACCGCCGCCUACGUGUACGUGGUGGACCCCGCGCCCUUCGAGGGGCUGGUGCCUCCCCUGCUGAGCCGCGCCGCUGUCUGGAAGCUCCGGGCCCUGCUGGGCCCGUUCCUGCACCUGGAGGUGGAUGACUUCCUGCCCUUCUAGGCCGGAGGCCCAGAGGCCCCAGCGAGGAGGAGGCCAGGCAGCCGGCGCUGCCCCGGGUGCCCAGCGGCCGCGCCGGCCCCUGCCCACAGCACUGCCAUGCACUGUCCCCGCCAGGAGCUGUGGAGAAGGGUGGAGGCGGGGUCUGUCCUGAGGGCUGGGCCUGCGGCUGGACAUACAGUCGUGACACACA